GCAUAUCUUCGUAGUUCGUAUCUUUGACUUCCGGGUUCCCGCGCUGUGUGAUGUUUGCGAACAUCGGAAUUGUAGUGUGUACUGUGUAACGUGUUUGACUGUUUGUAAUGGAUGUCAGACGUGAUACUUGUUGUAGUGUGGGCAAUCGCCGGAGAAGAGACUCGUGGGCUUCGUCGUGUAGUGAACGAUGUGAAGAUGAAGACCGUAGGGAUCAAGGAGUUGCGAUGACUAUUGUGACUCUAAAUGCUAUUUUGGACGAUAAUAAUCGUAUGUUUGAAUUUCUGAGGAGUUUUGGUGUUCUUGGUGAUAAAUAUAUAUGUGCUAAAUGCCGGAAGCUCAUGUCCUGUGCUAAAGUCCCACCAAAAAGAUGCAGAGAUCUGCUUAUGUGGCGAUGCCGAAAAGACGACGUAUGGAGGUCCGUUCGCAAAGGGACAUGGUUUGAAACUGCGAGGCUUAGCAUUAGAACUAUUGUUUUGAUGUCGUACUGUUUUUGUAUGCGCAAGUCUGUUGUAUCUACAAGUCGCAUGACAGGUUUGAGCGAGAGAUCAGUCGGAGACUGGUUUUUGUCAUGUAGGGAAAUUUGUUCAGCGUUGUUGAAGAAGAGAGGGAAGAUUGGUGGCCCAGGUGUUGUGGUUGAGAUGGGCGAAUCGUGUUUCGGAGUUGCUGAGAAUCGUAAAGGAAAGUGGUUACCAGAACUUUGGGUUUGGGGAGCAGUCGUUUGUGGGAAAGAACGUGGGGACCUGGUUUUGAAAAUAGUUGAUAAGAGGGAUGCAAGGACUUUGCAACGCCUUCUUGAAGAACAUGUCGAGGACGGGACUGUGAUAUGUUCAGAUAUGUGGAAGAGUUAUGAGGAUGAAGGGGCAGUGGACCUGCAGACUUUUGCAGACGAUCACAAUUACCAAUUUCGUAAUAAAGUGAUUGGUACCAUGGAGCAAUGUUGGGAGGAAGUAAAGAGAGUUUUGGGGAGAGGGAAGAGACGGCGCAGCAGUUUGCAAAGUCAUUUGGAUGAAUACGUUUGGAGGGAAAGUGUAUUUGGAAACGGGUGCGUGUUUCAUUCUUUUAUGCGAGGUGUGGGAACAGUUUAUGUACCGUGUGUAGAGGACCCUACGCCUGUAACAGAACAUCCUAAACUUUCAGCCAGAGCCAUGACGACAGCAGAAGGGAAAGGAUGCCCUACACAGUCAUCAGAGGAUCCGUCCUCACCAAUGGCAGCCCGAGACUCUACACCAGUAACAGUCGAGCGAUACCCGUCACUGUCAGCAAUAGGUCCAUCUUCAACAGUAGCACCUGCAAUGAACUUUACAGUGCAGCCAAAGGAAACACCUACGAAGCGCAGAAAAUGUGUCGUAUGAGAGUAUUUUUGGUAACCCAAAUCCUAUCGGAGAGGAGGAGUUGGGGAUAUAAUGUUUUUCUUUUAUUCAUCUGUCAGGUAUGGAAUACCUCAACGAAGACUUUAGAAGCUGUUGUUUUGAAACUUUCUAUUUGUGAUGGCGCUUUUCUCGUUUGCACUGCCAGUUUUUCUACACGACAUUGAUGUAAAGGCUAUGGGUAACCUUGUGUGUUUCAUAUUGCACACCACCUCAAGAGUUAAAAAAAUUCUACCGUCGAAGAGGUGUGCAGAUUGGUGGCUCCACAGUAAACUGCCGGACUUUGGAUGCGAAGGUCUCAGGUUACCUCACUUCACCGUCAACUGAGUGUCAGUAAUACGGAGUACCAGCUAUAAUAGCCGAGCCAGAGAGCGCAGUGUGAUACCACCGAAUACCAGAUUUGUGAAAGGAUACCAGUUCGACCCAAUCGAGUUUAAAACUGUGACAAAACACUGGACAAUACCACUAUCUACAACUGCCAAACAGUUUGGUCCGUGGGCCGCUGCAGAUAAAGUAAAAACUUGGAAGUGUCUCACGUUGUGCCUCUUGAAAAGUGCGUAACAAUUUUUGCUUCAGAAGAAAAGAGCCUGGAGCUACACGUAUGGAUCAAAUCUUGAGGAAAAUGUAAAAAUGAUAAAUUGUAAACAGUGUAAAUUUUAAUUUACACUCGUCAGAAUAAAG